GCAACAGCACACCGGCACGGACGGGGAGAAAAGGUGGGCAAAAGCCGGGACGAAACCGAAGCGCUCGCCGACCCACCCAACCCACCGCAGCGACUCCCCCCAUCCCAUCCUCCCCCCCCCGACAAAGCGCCGACCGGGAGGAGAGAACCCCACACCACACUCCCCGGAGGAGAGAGAGAGAGGGAAGCAGGCAGGAGGUGGCGGUGCGGAGCAACACACGGAGAGGAAUGCGCGACCCGGUGUGAGGCUCUCUCGCCCCCAGCGAAAUCCCACCGAUUCUGAAUCCGGCGGCGAAAUCGGGCGCAUCGCGGCCCGGCCGGCCGGCCAGCGGGGAAGUGUGGGGGCGACGGAGUUGUGGGGGCUGAGGCGGUGAGGGUUGAGGAGCGGCGGCGGCCACGGCGACCGGGAUGAAGGGAGGGGGCGGGAAGGAGACGGUCACCGCCACCCUCCUCCGCUUCCUCCUCCUCCUGCUGCUCCCUCUCACCGCUCUCUACUUCUUCUACACGCUCCACCUCCUCCUCACCUCCGCCUCCUCGUCGGCCGCCUCCAACUGCAUGCCUGACUCCACCGCUGCCGCCGCCACCACCGCCUCCGUAUCGGUGUCCCGGAUGUCCGCCAACCUCACGGCGGCGGCGGUGGAGGCGGAGAAGCGGCCCACCGCCGCCGCCGCGGCGUCCACGGCGACGACGCUGCAGCACGUGGUGUUCGGCAUCGCGGCGUCGUCGCGGUUCUGGGACAAGCGCAAGGACUACAUCAGGGUGUGGUGGCGCCCCCGCGGCGCCAUGCGCGGCUACGUGUGGCUGGACCGCGCGGUGCGCGAGUCCAACAUGUCCACCGCGCGGACGGGGCUCCCGGCCAUCAGGAUCUCGUCCGACACCUCCGCCUUCCCCUACACGCACCGCCGCGGCCACCGCUCCGCCAUCCGCAUCUCCCGCAUCGUCUCCGAGACGUUCCGCCUCGGCCUCCCCGGGGUGCGCUGGUUCGUCAUGGGCGACGACGACACCGUCUUCUUCCCCGACAACCUCCUCGCCGUGCUCAACAAGUUCGACCACCGCCAGCCAUACUACAUUGGCUCCCUCUCCGAGAGCCACCUGCAGAACAUCUACUUCUCCUACGGGAUGGCCUACGGCGGCGGCGGCUUCGCCAUCAGCCGCCCGCUCGCCGAGGCGCUCUCGCGGAUGCAGGACGGCUGCCUCCGCCGCUACCCGGCGCUCUACGGCAGCGACGACCGGAUCCAGGCGUGCAUGGCGGAGCUGGGCGUGCCGCUCACCAAGCACCCGGGGUUCCACCAGUACGACGUGUACGGCGACCUGCUGGGCCUCCUCGCGUCGCACCCGGUGGCGCCGAUCGUGACGCUGCACCACCUCGACGUCGUCAAGCCCCUGUUCCCGGACGCGAGGUCGCGGCCCGCGGCGGUGCGGCGGCUGUUCGACGGGCCGGUGAAGCUGGACGCGGCGGGGCUGAUGCAGCAGUCCAUCUGCUAUGACGGCGCCAACCGGUGGACGGUGUCCGUGGCGUGGGGGUUCGCGGUGCUGGUGGCGAGGGGCGUAAUGUCGCCGCGGGAGAUGGAGAUGCCGGCGCGCACCUUCCUCAACUGGUACCGGCGCGCCGACUACACGGCGUACGCGUUCAACACCAGGCCCCUGGCGCGCAGCCCGUGCCAGAAGCCCGCGGUGUACUACCUGUCGUCGUCGGCGCGGCGCGCGGCCGAGCGCGGCGGCGGGGAGACCACGGUGACGCGGUACGAGCGGUGGCGCCACCCGAACGAGACGCGGCCGGCGUGCCGGUGGGACAUCGCCGACCCGGACGCGCAUCUCGAUCACAUCGUCGUGCUCAAGAGGCCCGACCCCGGGCUCUGGGACAGGUCCCCCCGGCGAAAUUGCUGUAGAGUGGUGUCGUCGCCCAAGGAGGGGAAGAACGGGGAGAAGACGAUGACCAUCGACGUAGGCGUAUGCAGGGAAGGCGAGUUCAGCCAAGUAGCCGGAGUAUAAACUUCAUUAGACACACAGAUGAAGAUAGGAACAUUCAGAUUUUUUUCUUCUUCUUUGCUUGUAGUACGAAUCUAUUCGUCUCGGAGGGAACGGGUCCCGUUUCACGGUUUCAGCGUCUCUUUCCAGCU